AUGGAGGCCAACAGCAUCCAAACAGACACAUUAUCUCUGAAGAACCACAUUAUACAGGGGAUCAAGCAACUGUAUGAGAAUCAACAACUCUGUGACGUCACUCUAGUGGCCGAAGGAAGAAAGUUCCCUUGUCACAGGGCAAUCUUGGCUUCAGCCAGCCUCUACUUCCGGCGCAUGUUUGCAAGCUCCUUCAAAGAAUCCUGGGAACAGGAAAUUGUGCUCAGGGAGCUCUCUCCCUUCUCCCUCCAGACCCUCCUGGAUUAUGUCUACGCGGGAGAACUGGUCCUCAGUGCAGGACAGGCUGAAGAGCUGUUCACAGCAGCCAGCCGGCUUCAACUCAUGCCUGCGCUGCGAAUCAUCAGCAGAUUCCUCAAGGAGUGCAUUUCCAUGGAGAAUUGCCUGCGGUUUUACACACUGGCGUAUUCUCACAACCACCGUCCUCUCCUCCGCCCAACCUUCUCCUACGUUGCCUUCCAUUUUCAGCCCCUUUCAGAGAGCCUUGCUUUUCUCCUUCUUGACCUCAACACCCUGGUCAGCCUCAUCUCCUCAGAGAGCCUGGCGGUGGAGUCCGAGCUGACUGUGUACAGGGCCAUGCGCCGCUGGGUCAGGCACAAUCCCGGCGAGCGCCUCCCAAAACUUGCAGAACUGAUGGCUCACGUCCGCCUUCCUCUGAUGACCCCGGAAGAUCUUGCCGAAGUCCAGGGCGACAUGGAAGGAUCUGGCCAGCCUGUGCUGUUGCAGUGGGGGGAGCUCAACGAAGAAGAAAGGCUGAAGGCCAGCGGAGGGCUCCGGCAGGGCAUGUACCACGAAGGGGUGGUGUGUAUUGGGCUGCCCAAGUGGAGCGAGAUGAGUCCGGAGAACGUGGAGCUGGAUUCUCAUGUGCACUUUUUCGACCUUUCCACCGAACAAUGGGAGCAGCUGCCUGAUCUGAAAUCGCUUACCUUCCCCGGUUGCGCCUCCAGGGGCCACAAACUCUAUGUAGCUGGCGGAUGGUACUUAGACAAUUCCUGUUCAGACAAUCUGUUUGUAUAUGAUGCGCUGUGGGGUCGCUGGGCCCAGCUCCCCUCCAUGUCUACGGCUCGAGCUGGGCAUGCGUUCCACCUCUGCAACAAUAAGCUAUAUGCCGUGGCCGGCUGGGAUAAUACGGGAACCCUCGCAUCGGCUGAAUGUUUUGACUUGGAGCGAGAAGAAUGGGUUCCCAUCGCCGACCUGCCUUUCUCCUUGGCCUCCUUCGCCUCCACAAUGUUAAAGAGCAAACUGUACCUUAUUGGCGGAGAGACAAACAUGGGAGGCCCGGACAUGCCAAUCCCAUUCCGGGGAUUUCUGGUUUACAAUCUCGUAUCGGAAGCCUGGAGCCAGAUCCUCAUGGCAUUUGAAUUCUACGAGGCAAGCGCCAUUGCGUUGGACAACUGCAUUUUUGUCGUCGGGGGACUGUAUGAAGACAGCGCCCACGGAGGCCGCCGGUUCACUGGACGCUGUGCCUGCCUGCUCGAAGACGGCACGAUGAACCGAGAUGUUUGCAUCCCGCCUCUGCCCAUCGCCAUCUCUUAUCCGGGUGUCGCUCGCUGGCGGAAGAGGGUUUAUGUCUUUGGUGGGGACUGCAAUGGCUGCUGUUCCAGUGGUAUCCACUACUGGGAGCCGGGCCUCCAGAGCUGGACCCAGUGUGGAACAUGUUUGCCUGACCCCAAUUAUGGGGCGUUUGGAUUUGGUUGUGUGGAGCUCAAGGUGCCCCGGAAAAAAAUCCUCUCUGUGUUUCAAACAAGGUCUGCCACACCUCUGUCUCAGCCGGUGGCACACAGUGAGAUGCUAUGCUGCUGGCCUAACACAGUUUGCAAUAAUUAG